AGGACCUUCCGCCAUCACUUCCUCUCCAGCUUCCCCCACAUGACACCGAGCAGUGCGCCGUGAUAGCAGGAGAGAGGACAGCUCAGCGCCAGCCUUCUCCUCAGCCGCGGGACCGCGGUCCUCACCGUCUGCUCCGGGCUCACCCCCCGCUCCUCCAUUCCCCUCGUAGCUGCAGCCCUGCACACAGCCGCCAUGCCUAAUAUCGUGCUGUUCAGCGGCAGCUCUCAUCAGGAUCUCUCCCAGAAAGUGGCAGACCGCCUGGGGCUUGAGCUGGGCAAGGUGGUCACCAAGAAGUUCAGCAACCAGGAGACCAGUGUAGAGAUCGGUGAGAGCGUAAGAGGGGAAGAUGUGUAUAUCGUACAGAGUGGCUGCGGCGAGAUCAACGACAACCUAAUGGAACUACUGAUCAUGAUAAACGCCUGCAAGAUUGCAUCUUCUUCCCGAGUUACAGCUGUCAUUCCAUGUUUUCCAUAUGCUCGACAAGACAAAAAAGACAAGAGCCGUGCCCCAAUAUCUGCGAAGCUGGUGGCAAACAUGCUUUCUGUUGCUGGAGCUGAUCACAUUAUCACCAUGGAUCUCCAUGCCUCUCAGAUACAGGGUUUCUUUGACAUACCUGUAGACAAUCUGUAUGCUGAACCUGCAGUACUCCAGUGGGUUAAGGAGAACAUUCCUGAAUGGAAGAACAGUAUCAUUGUGUCUCCUGAUGCUGGCGGUGCCAAGAGAGUGACUUCGAUUGCGGACCGACUUAAUGUUGAAUUUGCACUAAUCCAUAAAGAACGGAAGAAAGCCAAUGAGGUCGAUAGAAUGGUGUUGGUUGGAGAUGUAAAAGACCGCAUUGCUAUUCUCGUGGACGAUAUGGCUGACACAUGUGGCACUAUAUGCCAUGCUGCUGACAAGUUACUCUCUGCUGGCGCCACAAAAGUUUAUGCAAUUUUAACACAUGGUAUUUUCUCUGGACCUGCAAUUUCACGGAUCAAUAAUGCAGCGUUUGAAGCUGUAGUCGUAACUAACACAAUCCCACAAGAAGAUAAAAUGAAGCACUGCUCAAAGAUCCAGGUCAUCGACAUAUCCAUGAUUUUAGCGGAGGCGAUUAGGAGGACGCAUAACGGUGAAUCUGUGUCAUACCUCUUCAGCCAUGUCCCAUUAUAAAAGAUGUAUUUCUUGCAUGCAACAAUCUUCUACAUUUUUUUUACGCAGAUUUAACCAAAAGCCAGACAAUAAAAUGCCUGUUAGCAUUUCAAAGAAACUGUACCUUUCCCCCAUCCUUGGAAGUGUGUGGAUUAGCAAGACAAUAGUAUUUUGAAUGCUUUCUCCAUAUGGCAGUGCGGAAGGCAAUCCUUGGGUUCAAACUGGUCAUACCUUUCUGAUUUAUAUUUAAUAAAACCUUUUGUGGAUGUCUUUGGG